AUGUCAUUGCCACAAGAUAAGUUUGCUGUAUCGGAUGACCCUACUCAGCAUAUUAAAACUGCAUCGCAUAAAGUCGCUGGAUUCAAUUCAAAGAAUCACACAACAGCAGCCAAAGCAGAGUCAAAUUUGACCCUGGGAUUAGGGCGUGCAACAUCAGAGCGGAUACCAACGAGCACUUGGGGUUCUUUUACCAUCGUAACAGUGGUGCUGCUAUUGAUAGUUAUUUGCCUUAUCCUUAAUUGUAAUCGUAUCAGGCGAAAAGUUACAGAGAAUCGUAUUGGACGACUAAAACGUUCAGAACAAUCUUUGUCUUUUGAGAAGAGGCACAAGGAGCUUCAAGAAGCAGAAGUUGAAUGGAAUAAUAAUAACAAUCGACUGUAUGAUCAACACCACAAUCCGCAUAAUAUUUAUCCCUAUCAUUCAUCAGCCUAUACCACUCAAAUAACCGCUAAUGCCAUUGACAAGUGGAUACUUACUACACCGGAAUCUGCAUACAGCAGUAAAUUCUCCUCGAUAACGUCAACUACAUUGUCAUCCUCAGCCUCUACCGUUGCGCACAAUCCCGCUCUAUUACACAAUGGAAAUAGUAACAAAGGCUUUGGAGAGAGCCCCCCGCCUGGAGUUCAGUUACAGAUGACAUUAGAUAACUCUUCUUUGUCAUCGUCGCCGACCUUACUAGCAGAACCACCUUCUGUGCAAAAAGUGGCGUGUGGCGUCUAA